UUAGAGUCAGCCGCCGUCACAGUUAGCGUUUGUUGGCGUAGGGCUCUGCAGUCAAAAUACAUUUUAAUUUUCUUGUAUUACAGGGAAUUUAUUUAUGUAUAUUAUCACUUGUUUAAAAUAUAUAAGCUUUAAGUGUUAAAAUUACGUAAAAUAUUGAGAAUAAUAGUAUGCCUCCCCCAAGACCACGGGGUAUUGGAUGUAACACUGGAAUUGCACCAGCAAGGCCGAACACAAAUACACCAAUGUCAGAACGACAGCAAAUGGCUCUCCUUAUUCAAAUGACAGCUUCAACUGAUAACUCGCGGUUAACUCAAAAAAGUAAGGAGCACAAGAAAGAUGAAGACUUCGAUGAUUCUAGCGCAAUUGAAAAAGCAGAUAUUAAAGAAAAAAGUGAUGAUAUAUUAAAUGAUGCCAAAAAGGAAAUCAACUUUGAAAAUGUUUCCGGAUCCGAAACAACAAAUAAUUUCACAAAACGACACUUUUCUGAUAUAGAUGAAGAUGAAGGCGAUGAAAUUGAUGAUAAUAAAAAGAAAAAAAGGAAAGAUCUGGAAAUGUCUAAGGACACAAAACAAAGUAAUGUGCGUACUCCAAACAGGGUGGAAAAGAACCUAAAACAGGCGACUAAUUCUAAAAAUUCAAUUUCUACUUCUUCUAACAAAAGUGUGUUUUUAUGCGAUAAAGAUGAAGUUAAAAACAAAUUCCAUGAUACGGAUUUAGAAGAUGAUGAUUCUAAAAGUGAUCCGCUCUGCAAUGGAGGAUUAAAAGUACCCCCAUUAAAAAUUGUCAUUCCCCAACAAAGUUGUACUAUUGAUACCGAUGGAAGUGGUUUACGGACGGGAAAAAUUAAUACUUCAAGAAAUGCUGCAUUGCCAUAUGUUGUAAGUUCUAAUAGUGAUUCAAAUGAGCGAGAUUUAUCCAUUUCAAAUACAAGUCCUAGAGAUAGUCCCAUCAAAGUCAAUUUAUCUUGUGGAGAUGAUAAAAAUUGCAAGCUUUUGAAUGAAGAAAAAAAUUUGCGAGUCUUAAGGAGUGCUCAUAGAAUAGGAUUAACAACUCAUGAUAGGAAUUCGAAUAAUUCUUCACCACAAAUUCCAAGCAAUUCACCCUCUCCAGCUUCAUCUACAAAUAUCGAUUUAGUUGAAGGAAAAAUUGCAUUUUCAAAUUCUAUUAACAGUCCAACACAUCAAAGUACAUCAUUUGAAGCCGAUAAUAUUCUGAACCUUCCAAGUCCAUCGACCUCGUCUACUUCAUCUUCAAAAGAGACAAUGGGUAACAUUGCAGAACUUCAUCCUAGAAAAAGGAAAAUUAGAGCAAAGAACGAUGAGGUAAAAUCAUCCAACACUGGAAAUAACGUAAAUAAUGAUCCAAUUUUAUGUACUGAUUCUCAUCCUCACGAUAUACCUUUCACAAAUUGUUUUCAAAUGUACAUGGCAAUAAGAAAGCAAAUAGAAAGAAAAUGGAAAAACAUUUUUUCUGUUAAGCCAAGACCUCCACAAGGAUUUAAUGAAUAUCUUAUUAACAAACAAAAAUAUCUUUUAUAUCAACGACAAAAUAAAAAUAUCACAGAAAUACCAAACUCAAUCUCAUUUCAAAUGAGAGAUAUAUUUUUGAUUCAGCAAAAAGAGAGAUUUGAUCUAUAUCAACGUCAUACUGUAGAAAAGGAAAAACUUUGUCUUAAUGUGGAACAAGAAAUUAUAAGAAUUCAUUCAAAAGCAGCUAGAAGUAUGUCCUAUCAGUCGUUACCUUUUUCAGUAUGUACAUACAUUAAAGACGAAGAAGUUUAUAAUAUGCUUACACCCGAACUAGAUGAUAAAGAGAAAAAUGCCAGAUGCAGAUUUAAUGGAAGAUUGUUACUAAGUUGGCUUCAAGAUGUUGACGAUAAAUGGGAAAAAAUUAAGGAAUCAAUGGUACUUCGACAUCACAAUGAAGCUGAGAGUUUACAUGCUGUACAGUUAAUGGAUUGGGAAACUGCAUUAAAGAAAUAUGAGCUUUGUGAUCUAAAUUCACAAAUAAUUGUAGAAACGGAUCAUGUACCAAUAGUAUAUGUUAGCGACGACUUUGAUUUAUUACCUGCUUAGGAUACCAGAAAGAAUUUAAAUUAAUAUUAUGGCUAACAACUUAAUAAAUUAUAAAAAGGUCCCAUUAUUACCACUGGGCAAUAACUAUGUUA